GGUUCAAUAAUCCUACAACAGCUCAGCUUAUAAAGCACCCUUUAGCUAUGGUAGCUUUGGUUCCAAGAGAUGCUGCUUUAUUUGCUGCUGGUGCUAUUGCUGGUGCUGCUGCUAAGACUGUUACUGCUCCCCUUGACCGUAUCAAGCUCCUCAUGCAGACACAUGGACUAAGAGCUGGACAAGAAGCUGCAAAGAAGGGAAUUGGAUUCAUUGAGGCAUUUGCAUUGAUUGGGAAGGAGGAAGGGAUCAAAGGAUACUGGAAAGGCAACCUUCCACAGGUGAUACGGAUCAUACCUUAUAGUGCAGUGCAGUUGUUUGCUUAUGAAAAUUACAAGAAACUAUUUCAAGGAAAGGAUGGGGAGCUUUCUGUCAUUGGAAGACUAGCAGCAGGUGCUUGUGCUGGCAUGACUUCGACUUUUGUAACCUACCCAUUAGAUGUUCUCAGAUUGAGAUUAGCCGUAGACCCUGGGUAUAAGACGAUGAGUGAGGUUGCUUUAAAAAUGCUGAAAGAGGAAGGCGUCGCAUCCUUUUAUAAUGGUCUUGGGCCCUCUCUUAUUGGAAUAGCUCCAUAUAUCGCUGUGAACUUUUGUGUUUUUGACCUGGUGAAGAAAGCUUUGCCAGAGAAAUAUCAGAAACGAACUGAAGCAUCUCUGGUUACAGGUUUGAUUUCAGCAACUAUUGCCACUCUAAUGUGCUAUCCAUUGGACACAGUGAGAAGGCAAAUGCAAAUGAGAGGUACACCUUAUGUGACCAUUUUGGAUGCCUUCCCAGGUAUAGUGGCGCGUGAUGGUUUAGUUGGAUUAUACAGGGGUUUUGUUCCCAAUGCACUGAAAACUCUCCCUAAUAGCAGCAUUAGGCUUACCACUUUUGACACUGUUAAGCGUUUGAUAGCGAGAAGUGAGAAAGAGCUCCAAAGAGUUAUGGAGGAAAACCGCGAGAGACAAAAGACAGAAUCCUAGAUAUGUACUGCACCAUAUUGUAGAUGUUCUGAUUCUUUGAAGGUAAUUGAUCUCUUAAUUAAUAUUCAUGUCAUUUUGAAGCACUAGUUCGACGAGCAAGAGAAUUAAUAAUCUUGCUUAUUGCCUGGAGCUCCAAUUUUGUAAAAUCAGGUUUAGUUGCCAGAGUAGUUAGGUUGGCUUUGUUCUGGCUUGAUUAGCUCAGAUUAACUUCAUUCAUUUGUGUAUUGUUUGAAGUGACUCCUUUUUUUCACUUUGUAAUGGCAAAGAACUAUCAGCUGCCUAUAAGGAGCUGAUCACUGAUCUAUCAACAUUAGACACUCUUCAUUUUUAUCAUUA